UUUCUCCCCUCGCACCAAUCGCUGCUCCUGUCCCCGAGCCCCUCGCACGCGCUAGGGUUCCCCCACCCGGCCACCCCCAUCUUCUGCGACCACCACGCCGUCGACGUCGUCCUGAAGCACGCUGCUCCUCUCCCUAGCCAAGCCGCCCUGGAUCUUGCGAUGGAGGUGGCCGCCUCGUGGCUAUGGAGGGCUCGCCAGCCGCCUCCGGAGUCCCACAUUCCUAAGAUCGACUGGAUUGCAGCCGCCUGGCCGAGGUCGUUGGCCCUCGACGGGCUGGCACUACCUUGCCUGUGCUUGCUCCCAUCCACGCCGCCGUCCUGCUCGGGCCACUGCAUGAUCUGCUCGCCGCGCCCGCCCAAACCCCAGGCCACACUUCCUAUUCCACUCCGCGUACUCCUGGUUGCAGCCCCAGCUUGCCACGGGCAGGGAUCGGCGGCUCCGCCGGCGUGGCGCGUGGCAGGGGAGAGAAGGGGGGCAAGAUCGGCAAGGCAGAGUUCUUCCGGAAGGACGGCGUGGUGGGCGACAUGGAAGGAUACCUCAACUACCUGUCCCUCGAGUAUGACUUCGUCUCCGACACCAAUCGUGCUUGACUGAUCUGCUAUGGGUGCGGUAACAGAGAUAGAUGGGUGUCAACCACUUCAAUUUGUUGACAAGUUCCUCUCGGUCAGCUAAACGUCAGAUGAUGUCGUGGAAAGGGCCACCGAGAGGGGGUUCGCAAUGCCAAAGUCGAAGGUGGCCAUCGAGAGGGGGUUCCAAUGCCGAAGUAGAAGGUGGCCAUCGCUUUGACCUGCCUGGACCUCCUGACCUUUCCCGACGCUCAAACAGCCAAUAUGUAUUGGAGGAGACCACUAGGCUAAUUGAUGCUUUGGAUGAGUGGACCAGGGGACGACAUGAGCAGGAGGACAUAAUAUUGUGCAACUUCGGAACCUGUCGAGCAACAGCCUGCAAAUCUAUGUAUAUAUAUUGUUCUGCGGCUAACAUGGGAGUUGUCAUCGUCCGCCGUAACAUCGAGAGGUACUUCAAUACAUUCCUGGCCCUAUAUGAGUACUCAGGUGAGGGGGUGUUUGGUCUCUGUUGGUUUGCUUCAGAUGUAAUUCUAGCGAUAAAUGUUAAUCAUUUUCCUCCCUUAUUCUAAUUUGCUGCUUGCAUUUAACAUUUCUUCUCUGGCUGGGUUUCCUGACCAUCCGCACCAGGGUAUCAAGACCGUCAUCUACAUGCUUGAGGUAUGCAUGCAAUUUUGCUGCUGUUUGUGUGCACCUUGUUCUUAAUUUGCUUAGAAGUUGGACAUAUACAUUGGCAGAGUUAUGUGCUUAGGAGUUUGGAGGAAAGGUAGAUUUAAUUUCAGUACAUUCUAUGCCAAGAUACACUCUUAUUUUGUUGUCAUACACACAUUACUGCAGCAACAUAGCGGAUCAUUGCCAUGCGGCAAAUCAAACUUCUAUGUGGAUCAGUAAGUUGUUUAUCUUACUUUCACUUUUAAAUUGCUUGUUGAAGAUACUUGAUUCCCUUUCUGCUUGUUACUGUAAUCUUGCUAAGUGGAUACAAAAAAGGUUCUACUUGCCCCUUGUCAUGCACAAAAUAGAAUAAACAUUGCAAAUUAGUUUACACGAAACCUGAUCCUGUUGUUAAAUAUUAUUUGGUCUAAGAAAUGAGAUGAAGUUUCUCCCUAGAAUAUAGAAUGGACUGAAAACAAAACCCAAGAUGUGGCAAUUCAAACCCCCAAACGAAAUUACUUGCAUACCUUGUUGAGAUGAUCUUUUUCAAGUUUUUGCCUUUACCAGCUUGGGGAAUGAAUCAUUUGAGCUCAUGGUACCUGUCUCACUUCUCACUCCAACUGACUUCUUACUCCUGAAAGCAAACAGAAUUGAAGGUCACAUAGAAUACACAGGAAUAAACACACCAUUCAUCUACUUUAUAUUUCCUAGAUUCGGUGUAGUACAAAGGUAUAACCAAAAAAAGUAAAUGUGGUGAGUCAAGAAGAAAUGCAGAUAAAGAGAAUAGUAAAAGAGAGAGCUCGCCUAAGAAGACCGCUUAUGAAUUGUGAGUUGUGACUGAAGAAAAGUAGGUAAGUAUGCAGGGAUGAUUUAGUUACAGCUGAAUAAC